AUGAAACACAACGGUGAGCAGACAUAUCACUGCGCAUGCGUUUUUGUCGACAACAGUGGUUUCGAUAUCGUCCUGGGUGUGUUCCCGUUCGUUCGCGAACUGUUACGAAACGGAUCGAAAGUAAUUCUCAGUGCAAAUUCGCGACCCGUAUUGAAUGACGUCACUCAUAACGAGUUGAUCCAGCUGACUGCUUUGAUUGCCGAAAGAUGCGAGAUAAUCAAGGAAGCUCUUGAUUCUAAGCGACUACUGAUCAUUGAAAAUGGUCAAUGCUCGCCUUGCCUUGAUCUGAGGCAUAUCGAUGACCUGUUAGCUAGAACGAUGGUCGAGCAGGGCGUUGAUCUGAUCAUACUCGAAGGAAUGGGCCGAGCGAUUCACACCAAUUUUAACGCUGAAUUUAAGUGUCCAGUUCUGAAGACAGCGGUGAUUAAGAACAAAUGGUUGGCAAAUCGACUUGGAGGAGAACUGUUCAGCGUUGUGUUCCGAUACGAGUCUUCACUUUGUCGGUAG